AUGGCCGAAGAAUUCUUGGCUCUCCAAAAGCAAGGCACCUGGCAUCUCGAACCACCCCCUCCCAAUGCUCAAGUGUUAGGCUGCAAAUGGACCUUCCACAAGAAAUUUAACGCGGAUGGCUCAAUCGCACGUUUUAAAGCUCGUCUUGUGGCUCAGGGCAAUCAGCAAGCACACGGCAUCGACUACGCCGAGACAUUCAGUCCCGUUGCGAAAAUUCCAACCAUCAGAGUCCUGUUCACCGUCGCACUUUUCCACAGUUGGACGGUUCAGCAAUGGGAUGUAUCCAAUGCCUUCUUGCACGGCCAGCUCAAUGACACAGUCUAUAUGAAUCAGCCAUGGUGGUUCACCGAUGAGAACUACCCCAACCAUGUUUGCAGACUGCUCAAAUCCAUUUACGGUCUGCGUCAAGCACCCCGUCAAUGGUACACUAUGUUCACCAACCAUCUUCUCAAGCUCGGGUUCGAUUACAGCAAGGCAGAUCCGUCCCUGCUCACCCUUCACCGGGACAAGACACGCAUAUUUUUACUAGUCUACGUCGACGACAUCCUAGUCACCAGCAACGACGACAAAGCCAUCUCCUCUGUUCUGAUGGAACUACAAUCCAAAUUCAACAUGAAAGAUCUCGGCCCAGCACAUCAUUUUCUCGGCAUAAAAAUACAGAAACAUUCAGAUAAGUAUUUUCUAUCCCAAUCCUCUUAUGCUGAAUCAAUCCUAAGUUCUGUUAAUUUAAACAACUGUAAUCCUCUCUCUAAUCCGUCUUGCACCAAAUUACCAGACCAAAUGCCCGACGACGCCAUUCUCUCCGAUCCAACCACCUACAGGAGAGUUACGGGAUCUCUUCAGUACCUUACCUUAACUCGACCCGACAUCACUCAUGCCGUCAAUGUACUAGCUCAACAUCUCCACGAUCCAACACCACAACAUUCCUAUCUGCUCAAGCGGUUGCUGCGGUACAUCAAAGGAACGGUGAAACUCGGAUUACCUAUUCUCCCAGGACCACUUACUCUAUCUACCUACUCCGACGCAGAUUGGGCCGGCGAUCCCAACACCCGAAAAUCCACUACCGGACAUUGCACCUUCCUCGACAAUACUCUUAUCUCCUGGACAGUCAAAAAGCAGAACACCGUAGCCAGAUCCUCCACAGAGUCGGAAUACCGUGCGUUAGCUGCCGCCACUGCAGAUACCAUCUAG